AUGACUGUCAGUGGUUCCUAUGCAAAUCGAUAUCAUCAACCAUCAACCAUCAAUUAUCACUCUUUCUGGAACCCAUUCUUGAUACCCUUCAAUCUCUGGAGUCUGGAUUACUCGCGGGCGUGGACGUCCAUGUUAAAUAUCAUUCAGCCUCUUGUGCCGAGUACAAUAGGCAUAGUGCACGAGGUGGUGAACCCCGUUGGCGGUGGAGACCGUACCUCGACUAGCGUGGGCGCAGCUGGUGGAAUCCCAACACACCUCCCACAUAUUUCCCUCCCAAAACAACUCCUGAUUUUGCAUAUUUGCUAG